UGCCCGCUGCAAGUGGUCAGACCGAAACGGCUGGGCUGUUGCUUUUAUAGCUGCGUAUUACGGGUUUUUACAAUCUGUUCAUGCAACAAAUAGUUCAUAGUUCUCCAUAUUGAUCAUAUUAGUAAGUAGCGUUGAGAACCGUGUAGCAGCAAACGAUCUAAAUGAUGUCAUCGUAUUACCAUACGGGGAAAGAUGUGGACAUGGCGGCGAUGACAGAACCGCUCUGCUUAGAAAGAGAUGUAUGCAGAGUGAUAGAAUUGUUGGAUCGACUGCAAAGGAGUGGAGAACUUCCCCCUCCUAAACUCCAGGCUCUGCAGAGAGUAUUACAAAGCAAAUUCUGUGCUGCCAUCAGAGAGGUGUACGAGCAACUUUAUGACACAUUGGACAUUGUAGGUGGGCCAGAUGUGCGAGCACAAGCCACUGCCAAGGCCACAGUAGCAGCAUUCGCAGCCAGUGAGGGCCACGCGCACCCAAGAGUGGUGGAACUCCCUAAGACCGAUGAGGGACUUGGUUUCAAUAUCAUGGGGGGAAAAGAACAAAACUCUCCCAUCUACAUCUCCAGAGUCAUCCCAGGUGGCGUUGCUGACCGGCAAGGAGGUCUGAAGAGGGGAGAUCAGCUGCUGUCUGUUAAUGGAGUGAGUGUAGAGGGAGAGCAUCACGAGAAAGCCGUUGAGCUGCUAAAGGCAGCACAGGGUUCAGUAAAGCUAGUGGUGCGUUACACCCCUAAAGUCCUUGAGGAGAUGGAAGCCAGGUUUGAGAAGAUGAGAAGUGCCAGGAGACGACAGCAACAUACCAGCUACUCGUCUUUGGAGUCCAGGGGUUAACCAAUCUUACCUGCAGACUGGUCUGCUGAUCCAUUCUCCCAACUUUUCUGCUCCUGUAGGAUGACAGAAGACCCAGAGGAGAUCUGUGUAGACUACCCUUAGAUAUGUUAUUUAUUUGUUAGUGGAAUGAUCUGGAAAAUGUAGACCUCAAAUAUAUUAUUUUCCCUGGUUGUGUGCAGGGAAAGUCUGCAUUGUGCAUCUGGUCCGUCUGAGUCAAAAUUUCUGUAUUAUUCUUAUGUGGAACCUGCACCCUGUGAUAUGCUGGGAGAUGGGGGUAUUAUGUGUCUGUGAGCACAGAAGAGAGCUAUGUAGGUUGUUAUCUUUUAUUGUAGGAUGUUGUUAUUGAACUAAUUGGCAUGGUGGUUCCUGCUUAGACCAUUGUUUAUUCAUUCACUCUUUUUUUGAAUUUGUGUUGAAUCUAUGCAUCCUGUUUAUUUAAGUAUUCAUUUGUUGUAUGCUAUUUGUGAAUUAUGUCAAGAGUACAGAAACACUGUUAAUGCAAACUUAACAGAAUUGCUCUGUACUUAAAGGGAUA